UCUCAUCAUCGCUAUGGAGGCACCACCUCUUCCCCAACGUAAUGAAAAGAAAGUGAAACGCCCUGUUCCUCCUCUUCCUACUGAUGACAGAAAUGCAGCUGGCAAUGUACCAUCCAUCGAGGAAACCUCUAGUUUUCGUGACAUUAUCGUCCCGGAACUACCUCUGCGAAACUCGCAGCAAUCGUUUAAUCCACCAACCACAACUCCGCAACGACGACGAACUGAGGACGUGGAGACCCUCAUUUCGCGCGCCCCAAGCGUCCCGACAACUAUGCCUGAAGUGUUUGCGGAGGAGAACGAUGAUGGGCAGCCUGUGGAAGGCAGGACCUUCUUCAAUGUAUCUAACGUUUCAGACGGGCAGCGUAGCCUUGAUCUUCGCCUAUCACCGUCUAGUGACGCAGAUUUGCGGGUAGCAGGCGACAAUUCUGGCAGACAUGGUAAAGCGGCUGAGGCGUACGCGUGUGCCACAGAACCCACACUGGCAGACAUGGAGCCUCCACCACCGUACAAUUUUGAGUGUUUCCAAUACUCUGCUGAUAAUGGUCAGGUGAACAUGAAAGAUCAAGAAUCGGCUGUCCUUCAUGCCAUUACAGUACCCGGCAUCAAGCCUCCCGCGAACGUUCAGGAGCAGGAAAUGAUCCCGGAUCAGCAGUACGACAAUUUUCCAAGCCCAGCUCCCCACCGUCGCUGUUAUUCAGACUGCACAGACGUAUCAAGCUCACAUAGCAACUCAAUCGAGGACUCUGAUGUGCGGAAGGGGCGACGGGACAUGUUUCCAACCUCCCGCGACACUGCAUCUGAUGUGGAGUAUCCAGGUUCUUCUGACGAGAACGUCAAUCUCCAUAGUAUUCAUACUCAAAAGUCACACCCUGCUGGAUCAGCGGUGACAAAUUCCUUCCCCAAUGCCCCCGGUCCUAAUGGUCCAGGCACCCCAGCAUUACCUCCCCCGUCAGGUCCUCCCAGCCACACUCCAGAUUCCAACCCAAUAGCAUAUCCACAUCCAAACGAGCAUCCUAGCGCCCGGAAUCCGCUUCACCCGUCACCAACUGCCUGCGAAAUUCGUGAAGAGUGGGAACCAGGCAUGGAUCCAUCUUUCUCAUCUCGAAGCAAACUUUCCAAUCUACUAUCAUCCAAAGCAUGGAAAUCUAAUAGCGUGAUUCCACUGGCGGGUGCAUCUGGGGAGACUGCCUGGCGGCGAGUUUGGAUUGAGUUGGUACCUGAUGAUGGAUGGAAGGUGGCGGUUUGGGAGGUUUGGAAAUGUAGAGGGAGGAACGGCGAAGUGGUCUACCAGAAAAAACCGUCUUCAUCACCCAUUUCGACUCACAGCCUUCGUCAUGCGGUGGUCACCCGUCCACGAACUGGAUACGGCACGUCUCGUCCAGAUAUUGUCUGUAUCCAUUUGGUCAAUGGGAAAUAUCUAGUACUUUCCAUGCCAGACGCUCAGGUCCAAAGAGAAUGGAGUAAAGGCGUCAAAGCAGCGGCGGAAAUGGCAAGUAGAUCCCCUUUAAAACCAGACAAUAUGAAAGCAGGGUCCAAAUAGAUGCUGAACGGAGUAUGGGUAGGGAGGCUUUCACACCAUCCCCACUAUUGAAUUUAUGCAUAGAUAGUUAUCUACAUUGAUAUUCACCGUCACCAAGAGGUGGACACUACAAUAAUAUACCAUGAUUGAAAUACUA